AUGAAGAAACCAGUGCCCUUGCAAGUAUGUUCGACUUUCACCAGGCUUCUCAAAGUAUUGGCUCCUCCUGCUCCUGCACUUCCAACUUCAACAACUCGAAGAUUAAUGGCUUCCAACUCCAACGCUGACAUGGCCAUGGCCAAGAACAUCUCCUCCAUCUCCUUCUCUUCCUACGGUGAUCCCUGCCAUGAUCUGUAUUUCCAUGUGACGUCGCCAGACUGGUGCAGCACGGAUUGGCUUUUCCACGUGACACCACCAGAGCCAACCUAUGAAGAAACCAUGCAAAAGCUGCAGAAGAAGCAGGCCUCCAUCAUCUAUCUGAAGCAAUUGCUGCCUGUGGCCUGGUCCCACAAUCCCCUAACCACCCUCAAACUCAUCUUCAAUCUCAAUUCUGCCUCUGUUCAAACCGGAAAACAUUAUCCGGAGGCCUUCUACAUGGCCGCAUUUUGGCUCCACCACAAUCACCCCAAGACGCUAUUAUGCAAUGUUCCCUCCUUUGCCAGCUCUGGCUCGUUAGCUCGUUUGUGGGACCUUGUCGAGAUUCUCUAUGGACUUCUUCUACAACAAGGCCAAGACACUGCAGCGCAGAGGCUCCAACAUGACCGGGGCUAUAAGUUAUUACAUGACCGCGUUAUGGAUCUCUUGGCGGAGCAAUUGAAGUCUGAUAUUGACAAAUUGAAGCAGCACAGGCUAAGGAUGGAAUUGGAAUUGAAACCGCCAUCCGAAGAUGAUGAUAAAGAAGAUUGUACUACUCUUUUUGUUACCGGGGCUGCAGCCUGUUGCACUCCCAACAACAGCGAAGACGACCACACCAGACUCGCCGUUUUGCUGUUUGAAAGCCUUGGGAGUAGACUUUUCCCUCCAGAGUCGGAUCAAUCAGAAGAGUGGGAACUCCUUAGAAAGGAGUUUUUGGAGCCCUUGGACGAGCAUCAUCGACGCAUGUAUUUCUUUCGGAAGCCCUGUGUGGUUAAGAAGUAUUUGGAGGAGGUGAAAGCAGGCGGCAGCAGCAUCAUAAAGCCGAAUGCAUUGCUUCCAAAUGAUAUCAUAAGAUAUGUAAAAGAUAAGGAUGUCGGCGAAGCAGCUGAGCUUCAGUGGAAGGCAAUGGUGGAGGACAUGUACCUAAAGCAAAAGCAGGGGAAGGAGGGUUCGGGCAUUUUUAAAAACUGCUUGGCAGUUUGUAACAUCACCGAUUUCAUGGGCGUACCAAUCAUAGAAUUGGCGGCGAGCUUGGGAAUUUUGGUGUCUGAACUGACUGAAGAGCCGGCAUGGAAACAAAAGGUGAUCAGUCUCGGUCCAUUACCCAAUGAGCUGCCGCUGCUGCAUUCCGUACAAGGCUGUGAUCUCAAGUCCAAGUACGAGUUCAUGAUGAGGACAUGCAUCAGCAAGCACAACCAGGGUGUUGAUUUUCAGAAGGUGUGUGAUUUGAUUCUGGAAGUGGCUGUGAAUGAGAACUUGAAGGCAGAGCAGAUGAUCAAGAAGGUGUUUGUGUUCACAGACCACGUAAGAUUUGGUGGCUGCAGCACAUCCUGGAAGACUCUGUAUGAGGAAACGCGGAGCAAAUUUAAGGAGCAAGGGUAUGGGGAUGAUGCGAUGCCACACAUUUUGCUUUGGCAGAUUUACGACUUAGGGGGGUGGAUGUGCCGUAUAGAAGAACCUCAUCCAGGGGUGACACUGUUGACUGGCAUCUCCGACACAUUGAUUAAGUCCUUCUUGGACAAUGGUGGGGAAAUUGGCCGGCGCCAUCUCAUGGAAGCAGCCAUAGCUGACAAAGAGUAUCAGAACCUCUGUGUGGUCGACUGA